AACUCGUAGUCUUUCGAAUGUAAAUAGGGUGUUGGUUCAAUAUUUUGACCUUCAGUUACGGAUAACGUAAAAAUCUGGGCAUUUCUGGUUGUUGUCUUCUCCAGAUGGGUUGUACGUAUGUCAAUUGCAUUUGACAUCUUCUUUAAUGCAGAAGAACGAUAAAAAAUGACGAAACACUUUGUUCUGUCUAUGUUUAUGUACCAAUGUAUAUUGAUAAUUUUAUCAUGGAUUCCCUCAACGUACUGCUUUUAUUAUCUUAGUUUAGAUGGCAGGUGGACAGCUUCAAAUGGAAAUAACAGUAUUGUUGUUUCUGCCAACGUGCCUGGUGGAAUUUACACCGAUUUGGUGAAGACAGGUGCAUUGGACGAUCCAUACUUUAGGUACAACGACUUGGAAUACCGCUGGGUGGCGCUAGAAAACUGGACCUAUACUAGAGAUUUUGAUGUGCCAAAUGAUUUUUUGAGCACUACGAGAAUAUCAUUGGUGGCUCAUGGAUUAGACACCGUCGGAGAAGUUUUUAUAAACGAUCAGCGAGUGGGAACUUCCAAUAACAUGUUUGUUAGAUAUGUCUUUGACGUCAAGGAUAUCCUCAAGAAAGAAAAUAACACAAUUAGUGUGAAAUUCGAAUCAGCAGUCCUUUACGCUAAGCAGAAACAUCUGGAACAACUGAUGUACUAUGUUAUACCUCCCGUUUGCCCUCCUCCUACUGAGAAAGGUUUAUGCCACGUGAACUACAUUAGAAAAAUGCAAUGUUCGUUCAGUUGGGAUUGGGGUCCAGCUUUUCCAUCCCAAGGCAUUUGGAAAUCAAUUGGGCUUGAAGGUUAUGACAAAGUUAUCAUCAGAAAUUUAGUUGUAAAUACCUUUCCUGUUAUAAUCAGCAAUGUUUUUCCGACUUGGGCAAUAUCAGUAACUGUUCAUUUAGAAACAGUGGGUACAUCACCAGCAGAUGGCACUCUUGAAGUGAAAUUGGAUGAAAAUACUUUAAUAAAGUACACCAAUGUUACAGUACAGCCAGAUAUUCAAGGUUUUGCAAAGAUAAAAUUCAACAUCACAAUACCAAGGAACAUUUCCAUAAAACAGUGGUGGCCAAAUGGUUAUGGGGAUCAACCCCUCUACAACCUCACUGUCAGUUACAUUGAGGACAGCACUGAAGAAAAUACAUCAAAAACUGUUCGAAUAGGUUUUCGAACAGUUGAACUCAUUCAAGAUGUUCUAGAUAAUGACCAUGGUUUAAGUUUCUACUUCAGAGUGAAUGGGAUUCCAAUUUUUGCUAAGGGUUCUAACUGGAUACCUGCAGAUGUAUUUCCAGAGAGAGUAACUCGAGAUUACAUCCAAAAUCUUCUCCAGUCUACUAAGGAUGCCAAUAUGAAUAUGUUGAGAGUAUGGGGAGGUGGAAUAUAUGAAAGUGAUGAGUUUUAUCACAUUGCAGAUGAACUAGGUAUCUUAAUUUGGCAAGACUUAAUGUUUGCUGCUUCUUUAUAUCCAGUAAAUGAUGAAUUCUUGUAUACUGUAGCUGAAGAAGUGAAACAGCAGAUUAGACGAUUGCAACAUCAUCCUUCAAUAAUUAUCUGGGCUGGAAACAAUGAAAAUGAACAGGCCUUGGCUUCUCAGUGGUGGCCAGUUAUAGGUACUCGGCAGGAGCAAUAUAGAAACGACUAUUUGAAGCUCUACAUAAAAACAAUAAGGCCUAUUGUGAUGAAGGAAGAUAAUUCAAGACAGUUUUUAUCUUCAAGUCCUUCCAAUGGCCUAGCAACUGAGCAGGCUGGCUGGAUAGCUUGGGAUCCCCAGGAUACUCACUUUGGUGAUGUUCAUUAUUACAACUAUGGCAAAGAUGGCUGGGACUGGCACACAUAUCCUCGCCCUAGAUUUGUUUCUGAGUAUGGAUUUCAGUCCUAUCCAUCAUUUGAAACACUGAAAAAUAUUUCAAAGCCAGACGAUUGGACCUAUCCUUUCAGUCAGUUUCUAGAACAUCGGCAGCACCAUGCACUAGGUGGUAUAGAGAUUAAACUCUCCAUUAUACGUCACAUGAAUAUUCCCCCUUAUGAUGCAGGAGAAAAAGGAUUUAAACAACUUUUGUAUUUAUCACAGAUUAACCAAGCAAUGAGUAUCAAAACUGAGACUGAGUACUAUCGACGAUGUCAAAGUGAUAUUGUAAAGGGAGAAGGCCUUACUAGAGGUGCCCUCUAUUGGCAACUAAAUGAUAUUUGGCAAGCACCAUCGUGGUCAUCCAUUGAAUAUGGUGGUAAAUGGAAAAUGCUGCAUUAUUUUGCUGUCAAGUUUUUUGCUCCCCUGUUAGCUUCACCAUUUGAAGAUGGAAAAGGAAAUAUUAGUGUAUCUGUAAUCUCAGAUUAUCUUACACCACAACGAAACCUUACUUUACACACAGUUGUCCACAGAUGGGACACAUUUUUACCCAAACUGGACAUUAGAACCCUGUUUGAUCAGCCUCCACAAAGUUCUCAAGUAGUUUUUACAUAUCCACUGGAUGAAAUCCUUAAAAAGGCAAAAUGCUCUAGGGAAGAAUGUUUCUUCUUCUUUUACCUUACAAACAGAGAUGGAGAGCAAGAGGGACCUUCAAAUGAAAUUUUCUUAUCACCACUGAACAAAGCUAAAGGAAUUCAAAAGCCUAAAGUAAAGGUGGCAAAUGUUACCAAAUCCACUGUUACUUCUGAAACUUUUGAUAUCCAUCUGGAAGCUGAUGCCAUCACACCAUUCUUAUGGCUUCAUGCUGAAGACAUCAAAGGACAUUUUUCAGACAAUGGCUUUCUUGCCACAUCUUCAAAAUUUACUGUUCAUUUUCUUACAGAAGAAUACAUAGAGACUGAAGAAAUGCAAAGAAAACUGGAGAUAAUGACACUUAUGGACAGCUAAAUACUUCUGUUCCUGUUGUCUCAUAUUGGAUAUAUAUAUAUAUAUAUAUAUAUAGACACACACUUCCACCUACUGCUCUCAUACCAACCUGAUAUAUGGUUUUUAGUGAAAUAAGGUACUAAAAUGUUUGAAAACAAAUAUUCAACAACUGAAUGUACCUGCUUUGUCUAUCAUAAAUCAAAAUUAAGUAUGAAAUAACUUCUGUUAAAAUGCUAACAGUAAACAAUUUAUGCUUAAAAUAGGUGUACUUCUGAAAUUUAACUUUGGUGUCCUAUAUUCAUUUAUCAGUAAAAAGUUAUUUGGUUAAGAAUAUUCACAGCUUGUGCUAAUUCUUCCAAAAUUGAAAAUGUACUGUAUUAUACUAUAAUAUUGCUUAAAGAUGUUUGUAACAGUAUAUAGUUUCAAAUUCAGCAUCAAAUACUCACAGAGUAGUGAAGUUAUGUGUCUAAAAAAAUGUUUCUAUAUUGAUGUAUUUGUUAUGUAAAACUAUCCUGCUUUCAAUCUAAAUUGAAGAAUUUUUGUUGACAAUCUUUUUAAGAAGCUUAAUAUAAAAUCAUGAUUUUGAAAUUUUAUUUCUGUAAAGCAGUUUUUGGAACCAGUCUACUGUAAAACAAUGGGUAAUGUCUUAUACUUCUUUGCAAUAAGUUACUGUAUAGCUAUGGCCAAAUAUGAAACUUACAGAAGCUAUAGUUACAUAUAUACAAAACUUACUAAUAAAUUACAUAAUAGUUCGGUUCGUUGGUUAGUUAAGCACAAGGCUACAUAAUAAGCUAUCUGUGCACUUCCCACCAUAGGUAUCAAAACCUAAGUUUUAACAUUGUAUGUCUGCAACUUACCACUGAGUCACUGGGAGGGGCUCAAUUAUAUUGAAUUUUCAUAUUAUUUUGCUUUACUAAUUUAUGCAACCAUUUAAAAACCUACUCAGUCUUAGUAAUUACUUAUUUCUUCUAAAAUACAAUGAUAAUCACGUUGUCCAAAUUUGUCAUGUUACUUAUGAUUAUGCUAAUUAAUAUAGUUAAAAAAAAUAUUAUUGUGAUAACAGUCUUAUCUGUGUUCAAAUAAGUUAUCUACAGUAUAUAUAGAAAUACUCAAAUUUGUUUUAUAUACUAUCAUUAUUCAGGUUUCUAGAAAAAGCAAGUUGUUUUCUCAGUUACCCUGUAAAUAAUACACACAUAUUUGACAAACAUUCAUAAAAUAUAUUUGUCAGUAAGUUUAUUAUGGAUACAGAUGAGAUUUUGCUUCAGUUUGAAGCUAAUGAAGACCUGAAAAAACAAAUUUUUAGUGAGCAAAUUAAAACUAAACAAGACAGCAAAGCAGUUGAGAAAAGAAAAAACUUGAAUUUGAUAAUUAAAAAAGUGUAUAUAUAAUAACAUGUAUCAAUUCUGAAGUUUUUAUAAAAGUGCCAUUUAGACUAUAUAUAUAUAUAGUUAUAUAAAUUAUUCUUGACUUUAUGAUGAAGUUGUUUACUUUCAUUAAAGACUCCAUAUAGUUUUAAAACAAAAUGUUGAUUUAAUUCUGCAAGCUUAGAUGAAAAAUGCACCAAAAUCUGAGUAAUUCCAGAUUAUAAAAAACUAUUUGAACAAUAAAGACAAUUCUUUGCACAAAGAACAAUGUAAGUUUCCCAAAUUGGAUGAUGUUUUUGAUAACUGUAAAGUAGACAUAGAAAUAACAGUCAGUUAUUUGGCAAUAGUUGACCAAAAUUACAUUCUGCAAGAUGUAUACAUUUAAAGCUAGCAAAGCAUUUUAAUAAAAAGAAGCGUGUUUAUAAAAAAUGGUUAGUUUAGAUUUAAAUACUUUUUCCAAUAAAAAUAAUAAAAAAGGAGAGUGAUGCUCUAUAAAGAAAUACUUGUGAAAUUUUACAUAAGCACUAUUUACAUAUCUAGUUUUGAAUGAAAAGUCUAAACUAAUGAAUUACAUAUGUUUUUACUGAUAAUGUGUAAACUGAAGAGAAGUUUCUUCUGAGAACUAAGUAUUUUCUGAUGUUGCUUUAGAAAUGCAUAAUUAUAAUUAAAUUUUUCAACACUAGAA